CUGGUUAGCGCGUUGAUCCAUUUUAAACCUCCGUGUUCGCCGUUCGAUUGUCGUUUGAUGCCCGUCACACCUUUACUCGAAUCAUCCGACCAACCCCAUUUUGAACUUGGGAACUUUGAUAUUUGGAAGUUGUUACGCUCUAUGCGGUGUACACAACUUUUUUCUGUCGGGCUGAGGAGAGACGCCUACAUAUAUCCAUCAACAAACCUCGAAUGUUGUGUAUCUUUCCUCGUCCCAGCCAGUCCCAUGGCAUGACGGCUCAUCAACACAUCCGUCCAAUCGUUUGAUAUCGCAUCCAUACUGCAAUGUCCUCGAUGGUCUCGGAGUUCAUCAUAGGGCCGGCGCUUCGACAAGUCAGACGCUUCUCCCGUUCCAGUACCACGACCGAAACCGAAACCACCUACGCCGCUGCGAAUGACAGAGCCAGAGAAUCACCAGCAAUCCACGAAGAUGCCACAUCAGAAACUGAAGAGGAUUCGUAUUUCAGAGAUGAAGGGAAUGAAACCUCUUCUCCUUCCGUCUCAUCACAGAGCUCCGCGACCCCAAACCUCGUCCACGAUUACAGCAGACCAACUGCAUCAAAUAUUGCGCACAAUGAUCACUCCACAUCUUCUCGGGAUGUAGCCCCUGAACUUUCUGUCAAGAAGACAUUACCAGAAGACGAUGGAAUGGGCAAUUUGCGGAGAAGGAUACAGGAUAUACAAGGGAGCGACCUCCCACCAGAUGAGAAGGCUCGCUUGAUGCAUAUGCUGUUGAUGGAAGGUUACACCAAGUCGCAUAUUGUUGUUCAGUCUAGUCGCCCUUUAACGCAUACAAAUCCUGUAAGUUUUGAGCAAGUUCAAACACAGGGCCCCCUCGAAACCCUCAACAAAUUCUGGCAGAGCCCGUUCGGCGACUCUGUUCCUGCAAACAAAUUCAUUUUGACCGAGGAGGAUAUCAAACCAACCUUUGCUCCCCUAAAGCCUGACGAAGAAGGGUCGGAAUACCGAGCUCUCGGGUGCGAACACUAUAAGCGCAAUGUCAAGAUGCAAUGCUCAAUCUGUGGGCGCUGGUACAACUGCCGGUUCUGCCACGACAACGUCGAGGACCACACCUUGAUCAGAAAGGAAACUAAGAAUAUGCUUUGUAUGUUCUGUGGCACAGCCCAGCGAGCCGGGGAAGUAUGCACCAACUGCGGAGAAUCAGCCGCUUCUUACUACUGUCACAUCUGCAAGCUUUGGGACAAUGAUCCGGACAAGAACAUAUACCAUUGCAAUGACUGCGGGAUCUGCAGGAUUGGAAGAGGACUUGGAAAGGACUUCUUCCAUUGCAAGAGAUGUUGCGCCUGCCUAGCUAUCAGUAUAGAGAACGACCACAAGUGUAUCGAAAGGUCGCUAGACUGUGACUGCCCCAUUUGCGGCGAGUAUAUGUUCAACUCCCCCCGAGCAGUCUGUUUCAUGAAGUGCGGCCACGCCUUACAUCGCGACUGCUAUGAUGAGCACAUCAAAAGUGCAUACAAGUGCCCCAUUUGCAACAAGAGCGUUGUGAAUAUGGAAACACAAUUUCGGAACCUCGACAUGGCUAUCCAAACUCAACCCAUGCCCGAGAGAUUCCAAGACACCCGGGCAGUCAUUCUUUGUAACGACUGCUCUGCUAGAACUACAGUCAAGUAUCACUGGCUAGGGCUCAAGUGUGCUGUGUGUCAGUCUUACAACACAUCUGAGCUUCAAAUACUGGGUGUUGAGGCUGAGGUUGGCACUGCCGAAAUCGCCACCAUGAAUGUAUCUGAUACUCGACUGCCGGAAUCAGCAGCAAACACAGGAACAUUAGAAACUCUAAAUCCCGCUGCCGCGUCAAGUGCACGAGACAUUCCUCAGCGGAGGCGCCACUCGUCAAACUUCAUGCAAUUGAGUACUGAAAACAUCGAAGGAGACGGCCACCAUGGCAUCGGAUCCUACGUGGUUCAAAACAGACUAGCAAGAUCCGUCUCGCCGUUGCCCACUAUCACGCCUGCAAGGUCCGCUGGCAGUCCUCAAGCAGGGAACGAAGACUUGGAAGAAGAGGACUAUCUUGUUGGCUUCUGGGGCCGGGCACCUCGAAGUUUAACGUCUAACGAGGACCUCCAAGACCAACACAACGCAGAUAUUGAAUCGCUUUCAUCGCUUGGCGACGAAAUGGAGGAGGAUGACUCGGAGGGCGAAGAGGAACAAAUCAAUCUGUUUGGCCACCGAUAG